AGCCUGCGCCUUCCUUUCUUUAGGCGUUUAGACCUGGAAGAGACCUUAAGAGCCCACCCUCCUCUCCUUUUUUUCCUUCUCUCGAGUCAUGCUCACGGGACCUUAACUCCCUUAUAUCACCGAAUCCACUUUGCAAAUAGACGUUUGCACGCGCCCUUUCCCAUUGGACAGAGAGGUCCUUGAGAGCAGGGACUUCUCUUCGCUUUUCUGUGUUUCCUCUGGACUUGGAACACCGUUGACGCUGAAAUGCUUAUUGACCAACUGGCACUGACACCCUCCUCCUACGCACUCACUCACCCUGUGGGUCCCCGGGCCCAUUCCCCUCCGGGCAUAGUGCAGUUAAUUCAUCCCUCUUAACUGCAAAUGCGCUUAAUGCAGUACACGGAAAGACUCCCAGAAACCAGAGAUAAGUAAGCCCUUAAGGACCUCGAAGUCUCAUAGAGACGAUGUGACACGUAUUCAGCCAAGUUAGAACCUUCUGACUGAAUUUUGUUGUACCUUGUCUCCAAGGAAUCCAUGUUCAGCAGCUGGUUCUGCGGGGAAGACUGACAUCAUUUUCCCAGUGGCUGUAUUCGAAACCUCCCAAAGGCUUUGAGAAGUAUUUUAAGAGGAAUGGAAGAAACACGGGCACAGAAGAAUCAACACCUCCAAAGAAAGAUACUGGUGAAUCAAAGGACCAUGGACCCGGAGGAAAUGGUGGUAAGAGAGGAGGGAAGAAGGAUGACUUUGCAUGGUGGAAACGGCUGCAGAAGGGAGAUUUCCCUUGGGACAACAAAGAUUUCCGUAAUCUGGCUGUCAUGGGAGCAGGCUUCACCAUGGGAUUUUUCUACUUCUAUUUCCGAGAUUCUGGAAAAGAAAUCACUUGGAAACAUUUUGUACAGUAUUACUUGGCCAGAGGACUGGUGGACCGACUUGAAGUUGUGAACAAACAAUUUGUGCGUGUGAUUCCUACACCUGGAUCAACUUCUGAGAAAUCUGUGUGGUUUAACAUCGGCAGUGUUGACACAUUUGAGAGAAAUUUGGAAUCUGCCCAUUGGGAAUUGGGAAUUGAAGCUGCCAAUCAGGCCGCAGUGAUUUAUACCACAGAGAGUGAUGGUUCUUUUUUUAAAAGCCUGAUUCCCACUCUGCUUCUGAUUGGGAUUUUCCUCUAUGCUCUGAGACGAGGCCCAAUGGGAGCAGGACGGGGAGGACGAGGAGGGGGCCUCUUCAGUGUUGGGGAAACAACUGCCAAAAUCCUGAAGAACAACAUUGAUGUGCGUUUUGCUGAUGUGGCAGGCUGUGAAGAAGCCAAACUAGAAAUCAUGGAGUUUGUGAACUUUCUUAAGAACCCCAAACAGUACCAGGACCUUGGAGCCAAAAUCCCAAAGGGGGCUAUGCUCACUGGUCCUCCUGGUACUGGGAAAACCCUCCUGGCCAAAGCAACUGCAGGGGAGGCCAAUGUUCCAUUUAUCACUGUGAAUGGCUCUGAGUUCCUAGAGAUGUUCGUGGGUGUUGGGCCUGCAAGGGUUAGAGAUAUGUUUGCAAUGGCUCGGAAAAAUGCUCCCUGUAUCUUAUUCAUUGAUGAGAUUGAUGCAAUUGGAAGAAAACGAGGUCGAAACAAUUUUGGAGGUCAAAGUGAACAGGAAAACACCUUGAAUCAGAUGCUUGUCGAAAUGGAUGGAUUUAACUCCAGCACCAAUGUUGUGGUACUUGCAGGGACCAACCGCCCAGACAUCCUUGAUCCGGCUCUCAUGAGACCAGGGCGCUUUGACCGUCAGAUUUAUAUUGGGCCCCCUGAUAUAAAAGGCAGAUCCUCUAUCUUUAAAGUCCACCUUCGUCCACUGAAAUUGGAUGAAAAUAUUGGCAAAGAUGCCCUGGCUAGGAAACUAGCAGCUCUGACUCCAGGAUUUACUGGUGCUGAUAUUUCUAAUGUCUGUAAUGAAGCUGCCCUGAUUGCUGCUCGUCAUCUGAAUUCUUUUGUUCAAGAAAAGCACUUUGAGCAGGCCAUUGAGAGAGUCAUCGGAGGCCUUGAGAAGAAGACUCAGGUUCUCCAGCCCAGUGAGAAAACCACAGUAGCCUAUCAUGAAGCUGGCCAUGCUGUGGUGGGUUGGUUCUUAGAGCAUGCUGAUCCCUUACUGAAGGUGUCCAUAAUCCCCCGAGGAAAGGGGCUUGGGUAUGCACAGUACCUGCCCAAGGAGCAGUACCUCUACACUCGAGAACAGCUUUUUGAUCGCAUGUGCAUGAUGUUAGGGGGGCGAGUGGCUGAGCAGUUGUUCUUUGGCCGCAUCACGACUGGUGCUCAGGAUGACCUGAGGAAAGUGACGCAGAGUGCCUAUGCCCAGAUCGUCCAGUUUGGGAUGAGUGAAAAACUAGGCCAAGUGUCCUUUGAUUUACCUCGGCAAGGGGAAGUGCUAGUGGAGAAACCCUAUAGCGAAGCAACAGCCCAGCUCAUCGAUGAAGAAGUUCGUCAGCUGAUCAGCUCUGCCUAUUCAAGAACUCUGGAAUUGCUGACCCAGUGUCGGGACCAGGUAGAAAAGGUGGGAAAACGUCUCCUGGAGAAGGAAGUCCUUGAGAAAGCAGAUAUGAUUGAACUGUUGGGCCCCCGACCUUUUGCAGAAAAAUCUACUUAUGAAGAGUUUGUAGAGGGCACAGGGAGCUUGGAGGAGGACACUUCCCUUCCAGAGGGUCUGAAGGACUGGAACCGAGAACGAGACAAAGACCAAGACCAGAAAGAAGAAAGCAUGGAAAAACUCCAAGAAAGUACUGUGUAAGCCAACUGAGGCCUACUGAGUAUUGUCUCUUGUGCCUUAGGGGAUGUCCUCACUCUCCUCACUAUAUCUCUGGGGCUGUGGCCUCCACCAUCUCUACCUAUCAUCAACAAAAGUCUUGGAAAGCAACUGCCAGAAUCACUGGAAGGCAAAUUAAAGCACAUUAUAGAUACAAAUGGAUGUUUGAGAAAAAGGCUCUUUGGAACAAACCAGUAAUCCUUGUUCCUGAAACUUGCAGGAAACCAGGGAGGUAGCUGAAGAAAAUAACUGGCUUUUGAGUGUUGUGUAGUUCUUAGCUCCCAUCCUUAAGUGACAAUGAUUCUGAAAGAGUGAAGCUAGACACACAAGAUGCAGAGAAGGAACUUGGUUUUUAAUAAGUCACAGCUUCCAUUUGGAAGAAAGGCCUUCUAUCACCUACAGGAAGAUGGGAAAGGCUCUGGAAUAUGCCUAGGGAAUGCAGAGGAGGGAAAAGGAAUUUUCCCCCCCAUCAUGAAUAACUAAAAUCAGUGGUUAAAUUACAAAGUAAGUAAUAUUUGGGAAAGAGGACUUUUGAUAUGCUUUGCCAGUUAACCCCCCUCACUUAUCCUUCCUGAAGACUUUUAAAUGUGAGCAGUUUCAAUAUCUGAGAUGGAGAGGAAUUUGUUGAUCAACCUCACAGAGCCCAAGUAGGAAAAUGUGUUGAAAUUUAGAAGAGGAUAGUUGAAGCUGUUUAAUGGAGGAAAUGGCUAGAUUUUGCAAAAGCCUCUCACAGAAGAUGGCGUUGUGAGGAGCAAUGGUAUGUUGGGGCAGGGGGUGACAGACUCAACCAUUUGCUCUUGGAUUGUCAAAGUUCACGGUCACUACAGUGUCCUCCUGUGGCUGCUGCUCUGAAGAGGAGGGGCAUGGGGCAUGUUUCUUAAGAACCGCUUUGACUUCCUCCAAGAAGUUGCGGCAGAUUUCAGUGCUUUAAGCCUUCGCUCCAGGGUACCACUUACUGGAUUCUGUCACAUUCUGAGACAAUCUUACACUAACCUCUGGGUUUUAUAUUAUAUUAACAGUGGGAAGGUUUGCUUUCUGGAGCUUGGAGGUUCAACCAAUCAGACUUCAGCCUAGGCUGCAUUUCCCACAAGGUCUUGUGCUCUGCUGCUUGCACUCUCUAUGUCAUAGAAACCAGGUUGGAGUACCCUGAGGAAGGGGGAACCAAAUUGAAUUUCCUCCUGCCACAACUGUUUGACUUACCCUCUCUUCCUCCUUUCUGUUUGUUUCUUUUGAGAGAAAUUGGUGACAUCAGCUACUGUAGUUAAUUAACUUUUUUUCGAUGUGAAUUGGUCUUCAAUCUAGUUCUUUUCUAAUAUCUUUAACUGAAAGAGUCUCAUAUUUUUUUUCUCUGUGAAGGGCAAAGUGUUUGGUCUGAAAAAUCAUUGCAGAGUAUAGAGUUUGAUGAAGAAUUUUGUCCUGCUCAUAAUCUAUUAAAUCAUAGAUUUGGGGACAAGGAAAAUGUUAUUCUUUUAAGUGAAGAUUUGUGCCCUUAGCUUAUCUUUCCAAGCCUCUUGCCAUGGGAUUAAAAGUUUUCAAAAGCCUUUGAGGAAAUUUUCUAGCAUAUAGACUCUUAUACUUAGACCUGUACAAGGUUCAUAAGCAAAAUUUGAGGUGAUUUUGAAAGGCUUCUCUAAUUUAACCCCUUGCUUUCAGAUCAAGCCAUCCAGAAGAAAUGUUGAUCUUUCUUCCUAAAUAUUUUUAGGGAAAGAGAGACCAUUGGCUUUUUUGGUAUCUCAUUCCUGCUUUUUAUUCCCCCAACAAUCAAAAACUGCUUUGGUAUCCUGGCUAGUGUGCUUGCAUGAGAAAGUUGGUGGGCCUUGUGUGAUCUUAUGCCAUACUCCAGGUGCUCAGUUUGGCUUCAGGGCUGGUAUUUUCUUGGCUUUGUCUAGUUAAAACUAGACUGGAGAAGACCAUGUUUAAGAAAAGCUGGAAAUUUUUGCUGAAAAGAUUUCUUUGAAAAAUAUAUAAAGAAAGCAAUUCGGCCCAAUGGAAAGAACACUGGAUUUGGCAUUAUAUAAAUCUGGGUUCUAAUCCAGACUCUGCCACUUCCUGCCUAUGCAACUCUAAACUAGUCUCUUCACUUUGGACUGCUAAAAUGGAGAGAGUUGGACUAGGUCUCUAAAGGCUCUUUCAGCUCUGAACUUGUGGUCCAGUGCUGUCCAGCUGGCCUUUCUCCUCUACUACUAGCCACUAGAUAAACUGGAAAAAGCAGGUACCAUGUCAAUUUCUAGACCUUAGUCUUCCCAUUUGCCAGAUUUCCAGGCACAUAGAGCCUCAGAGUUUUUAAUUUCCUACCUAAAAUAGACAUUCUCAAUUUAUUUGUGAAAUAUGCUUUAUUAAUGUUUUUUAUUCUUUUCACAAAAGUUUGGUUAAAUUAAUAGAAUAGUAGAUUCCGCCCAUUUAAAAUUUGAGUAGACAUUCAAGAUUUUAUCUUUUCUCAUGUUGGGCCCUCUUAUUGGGAGUUUAUACCUUUACCUUUAUUAUACCCAUACCCUUUCUACUUUCUGACUACUGCCUAUAGAAGAAAGUGUGAGCAACUGAUUUUAUUGUCAGGAUAUGAUCUGGCUCCCCAGACUGUUCUUUCCUGAAGUCAGAGAGUCUGCUAGCCUCAGGCACUGCUCCAUCUGAUGAACCUAUCUCCUCUCCCCCUUCCUUUUCCUUUCCCCUUUAUGUCAGGGCUCAGUUGCUGCAUCACAGCUCAUCUCACAGAGCCAGUGGGUGCUUUACGUUCUAUGGUCUGUCAAGAGCUGCCUUUUUGGAAAGGCUGAUUUACUUAGACCUUUGAAAAGGAAAGAGAAAAAAACAUCUAGCACUGUGUCACCCAGGAUGUCUUAGAGCAGGGAUAUUCUUGCCUACAUCUUCCCAAGUACCAGCUAGCUAGCACACAUCAUUUGUAAGGAGUGAAACCCUAUCUGAGAUGAGAUAGCCUAGAAUAUUUGACUGCACCAAGUGCAUAAAAUAGGAAGCCUUACAGUGUUCAUGAGAUGUCCUGUAUCAAAUGAAAGGCUAGCCUAGUUGUUUGCCAUAGUCUGACGCUUUUUUUUUUUAAUUAGGUUACUAGGUGCUUCUUAAGACAAACCCAAACCCAGUUCUCAGAAACAACAUUGACCCAGACUCAUUACAUGUUGUACCAGUUUGUCAUUUCAGUCAGGCUGUGUUGUUUAAUAGAAAUGCCUGAGUUAGGUGGGAACAACAUGCAGCAGCAGGUGGGGCAGGACAUGCUUCCUCUAGAAAGACAGUCUUGCCAGCUUACAUAGCCCACUGGACAGAGAAAGCUGAAUGCCUCCCAUCAUAGGACUUUUGGUAGGUAACUAACUUGUUUUGAUAUAGGACUGAUGGUCCUUAUUAUCAUCUACCUCAUUUGAAGGGAGAUACAGGAAAGGUCAUGAGCUAGUGAUGGCCCUUAAGAAAUACUAAGUUUUCUCAGAGCUGCUUAGAUGAAUAGUACCGUCUGUAGCAUUUCUCUACUAAGAGACUUACUAUUUUAAAGCCAGGCAGCUCACCUUAUAGGGUUUGACUACAGGAAUAUGUUAAAUUCCAGGGGAAGAUUUUCUUAGGUCCUGCCCGCCAUCAUGGUUCUUGGGAUAUCUCUCACUUAAAGAGACCAAGUGUGAUUAUCUGAUCAUUUCAAUCAGCAGGCAUUAUGGUAAGUGUUUCCUAUGACCCAGGCUCUGAGUCAGGUUCUAGAGAUAGAAAGAAAAAUAGAUGCCAGGUCAGAAAACAACAGCUAUUUUUGCCUUGCUGGGAUUUUAAUUUUGAGGGAGCAGCUUAAGGUUAGUCAUCCUGUGAAGGCUAUAUAACUCAUGUUCUUUCCUUAUCACUCUUUUAAAAGGCUUAAGUCUCAUGUUGAAAUUUAUGAUUCUGACCCUGACCCAAGUCAAGUCUAUGACAUAAAAUCUUCCUAUGGGUCAGUUACUGAGACUCAGCCCUGUGUUCUCUUGGCUCCUUCCAAAUAAGGAAAUGUUAAACAUUGCAGUUUCUGUCCUUUCUUUCCCAUUCACUUAGAGGAAAGUUCCCCUUGGCUAGGGAUGAGUGACUUUGGCAUUCCUUUUCAGUUAUUCCUUCUGUAAUUAUUACAUGUCUUGGCUAAAAGAACAGCAGAAUCGUGCUAGAAGAAAUAAAAUUUAAUUUGUGUAAUUUUUUUUUUUUACACAUUAGAGAUGAGCUUCAAGAGCUAAAUUCUAAACCUUUUCUUCCUUUGGUAGCUGUAAGGCUUGUACAAGCUCGGCUUCCUCUUUCCUGCCCAUUAUGGUGGGAAGUACAACAUGCCAUUCUAACUUCUGACCUUUACACUGGCUUGGAUGUGUCUCCUUCCCUAAAUUACCAGUUUAUCUUGUGUCAUUUAUGGGGUCCCAUUUCUUUCAUUCUUAAAUACAGAUCAUGGUACCAGUGUUUGCUGUGUCAUAUGAUCGUAGGCACAAUCACCGAUGGCCCUCAGUCUCUUCAUCUUCAAAACUCAGAGGCUGGACUAGAAGGCCUCCGAGGACCCUUCCAAUUCCAGGUCUGUGCUCCUUUGAGGGCACCCCUGGAUCAGCCUCUCUGCUUCCUAGCCCUCCCCCAUAAUGAUAAACACCUAUCACCAGAUGCCCCAGUCCUACUCAUUACCCAUCAUCUAGAUGACCUCCCUUCUCAGUCUUCAUGUGGAUCAUCAGACUCAGGUUACAGAUUGUCAAGACCCUUUGUUUAGGCUCUGCAAGAAAUAAUUACAAAUGUUCCUUGCUUUUGCUACUUGCCUAGUCCUUCAGGGCCUUUUCUUAAUUUAUUAUCUUAUAUUUGUUUUCUAUCUUUUCUCCCCCCUAAACCAUUCUUCCCAUCUGGAGCAUUAUUUUUCUUAAACAGUCAGCUAACUAAAAUUCUCAUUUCAUUUUGGGAAAUCCUUUGUUAUGUUUGCCAUGUGCUGUCAGAGGCGGAGGGAGGAAGGGAGUGGAUUUGAAUUACUUAUUCUAAUCCUGUUUCCUAUGAAGCGAUCAUUUAUGUUGUGUUACAUAACACUUCAGCUAUUGGCUUUGGCCUUUUAAAUAGCACCCAACCAAAUAAAACGAGAAACCAUGAAGCAAGCUACAAACAUGUUCACGAAAACACAAUAAACAUGGAAUACUCGAA